GGGCAACUUGGACACGGAAUUUCCGAAGUGGUCGUCCGAGCCCACUCACCGACUUCCGAGUGCCGUGGCCCGUGGCCAGUCACCAGUUCAAACGUGGAGCAGCCAGAGAGAGAGAGAGAGGUAAGAAAACUAAAGGAAAAAAAAAAAAGUUCACAAAGUUCGAGGCCCGUAAAAAAAAAAAAAGGGAAAAAGAAGGAAAGCUCCUCUCCAUAAGAUCCGGGAGUGUGUGAGGAGGAGGAGCAUGACCCUUCUUCCUUCUUAUUAUUAUUCUCCUCUCCUGCCCACCACACCUCCGAAACUACGAUCGCCGCUCCACACCCCACACCGCCGCAGCCGCAGCCCUCUCCCCUUCCUCCUCCGCUGCUCCUCUGCCGCCUCUUCAGAAAUGGCUGGAAGUACUGGUUCAACCCUUUAUCCGUCGCACCGUUGUAAAACUCUUCACCUGGUCAGGCAUGCACAGGGAAUCCAUAACGUGAAGGGUGAAAAGGACUAUAAAGCAUAUUUAUCUCCUGAACUAUUUGAUGCUCAUCUUACCCCGCUUGGGUGGGAGCAGGUUAGUAAUCUGCGAAAGCACGUUCAUAAAUGUGGGCUUGCCAAGAAGAUUGAUUUAGUAAUUACUUCCCCUUUGCUAAGGACAAUGCAAACUGCAGUGGGGGUGUUUGGCGGCGAGAGUUACACUGAUGGAAUUAAUGUGCCACCAUUAAUGGUAGAAAAUGCUGGGAACAGUAACCAUCUUGCGAUUUCAAGUUUAAAUUGCCCACGUUUUGUUGCAGUGGAGAAAUGCCGAGAACGCUUGGGAGUUCACCCAUGUGACAAGAGGAGGAGUAUAUCUGAUUAUCGUCCUCUUUUUCCUGCAAUUGAUUUUUCUUUGAUAAGAAGUGAUGUGGAUGUUCUUUGGAAGGCUGAUGUAAGAGAGAAAGAUGAAGACCUUGCAUCCAGGGGAAUGUCGUUCAUCAAUUGGCUGUGGACGAGAGAAGAGAAAGAGAUAGCAAUCGUUACUCACAGUGCUUUUCUAUCUCAUACCUUAAGCAAUUUUGGGAAGGAUUGCCAUCCCACCAUUGAAGCGGAAAUCUGCAAGUCCUUUGCCAACUGUGAACUAAGAUCCAUGGUGCUAGUUGACAGAAGCAUGCUUGGGUUGGAUUCCUCCAAUUACAACUAUCCUGGGAAGAUUCCGCAGGGGCUCGAUCUUCCAAGUGAUGUUGCUCAGGAGAAGCAACCUGAGAAAAGUCAUGCAAACUAGGACUGCGAUACUGAUAUCAACACUUACCUACUGAGGCUUGCGAGGGGUCGAUUUACAGACUCCCCUUGCUUCUGUGCUUGGCUUUUGAAGAGAGCUCAAAUAAGUAGUUUCAGAUAUCUUUAUUUAUUUUUUUCCCAAAGCAAUUCAUUGAGGUCUAACAUAUUAUGUUUCCCCUGUAUUAGAAUUAAUGAUUGCUCAUCCAGAUUUACAUCAUUGCAUUGAUUUUGUAAGUUCAUGCAGCUCGAAAUUAUGCUCCUAAGUUGCUGAAAAGCAAAUUCCGGAACAUUAAAGCUGUGUGAUGAUACAUCUUUUUGAUGAUGCUAUGGUGUUGUUAUGUGGUUAAAGAUCAGUUUCUCCAGU